AUGUCACUUGAGAGUGCUAUCCAACAAGGUGUGGUAUCUGGGGAUGGUGCUAUGGUGUAUGAUCCUGAGUCUGGUAAACACAUACCUUUAAAACAAGCCAUAAGGAAAGGUAUUGUUGAUAAAGACAGUGGCCAAUAUUUGGAUGAGGUGAGUGGUAGAAAGAUUAGCUUGGGCGAAGCAGCAAGGAGGGGAUUGCUUGCAGUAGUAGGUGCUCCUGUCCUGGCUGGUGGUGCUAUAUUAGAAGCAGUACAGAGGGUAACUGGGACAACAGAAAUGAUUUCAACUACCAUUCGUGAUUCAGGGGCAAUCAAUGGGGAUAAUAUUAAACCAGCAAUCAUGCCUUUAGAACCAUUAGAUGCAUUAGACUCAAAGCCUGUAGUUAAUGGUAGAUCAGAGCCUCUGUCGCAGCUUCAGCUGGGUAGACCCACUGAAACUGGCCAGGAAAUCACCAUAGAAACACCAGAAUUCAGUCAACCCCGUGUACAUCAACAAGUAACAGCUACCACUACAAAAACAAAGGAAUUCCCCACUGUAACAAUUGAUGUCACUAAAUCUGAUCAAGAUCAAGCCCAGAAGCCAACUAUUGCCAAGCCAACCAGACCUCAAACAUCAACUGACCAGAAGAAAACUGAAACUGUUAAGAUGCAAGCAGGACUUGAAAUCAUAGACUGGACAACAGGCACUGUUACUGAUCCUACAACUGGGAAACAAAUCACACUUCAAGAAGCAGUAAGAUUGAAUCUUGUUGACCCAAUACAGCUAAAACAGUGGCUUUCCUAA